AUGAACAAAGUGGUGGCAAAACGUUUGGGUAGCAUCCUAACCAAACUCCUGAAACUUAACCGAUUCGAAUCCGUGGCUAACAGAAUUGACUCACGAGCUGAGCCCUAUAUUUACAAACCUAACAGGAAAGAAUUCUCUUCCACCAACCUCUCACGCCUAGCAGCUGCAGUAAUAAUGGAGUUACAGGCUGAUUUUAUUGAUGCUAGAUGA